UUGUCUUCUCCCAUUGCUUCCCCUCUCUAUUGCGUGUCAUAGCAUGGUAUCUACGUGUACGCGCACGCCGAUUUCUAAAAAUACAGAGACCUCUGCCCAAAAGCCGUCAUGGUGUUUGGCUUCCGCAAGCGCGUCAUCGCUAGAGACGUCUCUCGCGAGGGCAGCACUUCCUCCAACGAAGGUGGAGAGACUGCCAGCACCCAGGCGCUCCAUACACUCAGGCACUUCGAAGAACAGCACAAGUUCGACCCUAAUAUACGGAUCCAAGACCUCAACGACGUCGACACCGUGCUUGCUGCUGGUGACACUGAGAAGUGUAUUGAGGUCGAGACGGCUCUACUCGAACAGGAUAGCCCUUACCCAGAAGUAUCCGCUACAGUGAGGGACUACGAUGUCGACUUGCCAGCCAACACGAUUCGCGCCUGGGUUAUCGGUUUGGUUCUAUGCACUACAGGGUCUGCCGUCAACAUGCUCUUCUCUCUCAAAAACCCGAGCGUGCAAAUUACCACCUACGCGAUUCAACUAAUCGCAUACCCGAUCGGACUCGGCUGGGAUUUGAUCUUCCCGGAUCGGCAGUGGGAAAUAGGAAGACUCAAAUUCAACCUGAAGCCUGGCAAGUUCAACUUCAAGGAACAUGUCGUCAUCGUUGUCAUGUCAAAUGCAGCCUACGGCGGUGGGUUCUUAUACGCGACGGACGUCUUGGUCGCUCAGCAGAUGUUCUACGGCCAGCACUUCGGGUGGGCAUUCCAGCUUCUGUUCGGGAUUACCACGCUCUGCACCGGUUAUGGUCUGGCUGGGAUAGCCAGGCGGUUUCUCGUCUGGCCUGCUUCCAUGAUAUGGCCGUCUACCCUCGUCAACACUUCGCUAUUUCAUGCCUUGCAUGAUCACGCGUCCUCCGACCCGGCCCAUACUAACGGCUGGGGCCUGAGCCGAUAUCGAUGGUUUCUGUAUGUUAUGGGAGGGUCUUUUAUCUGGUACUGGUUCCCCGGGUGGAUCUUUCAGGGCCUGUCCUAUUUCACCUUCAUCUGUUGGGCUUCCCCGAAAAGCGUCACGUUGAACAAGAUUUUCGGGGGAUUGCACGGAUAUGGCCUCCUUCCAACGACCCUGGACUGGUCCAUGGUUUCCGGCUACGCCCUCUCCCCGCUCAUCCCGCCUUUCCACGCCAUCGCAAACACCAUAGUCGGCGUGGUCAUCUUUUUCAUUGUCGUUUCGAUGGGCCUACACUUUUCUGGGACCUGGUACGCAGACUACUUUGUCGUCCAGUCGUCCAGCGCCUUUGACAAUACCGGCGCCGUAUACAAUGUCUCUAGAAUCUUGACCGAAGACUUGCUUUUGGACGAAGAUAAAUACCACGCGUACUCUCCUCCCUUCCUUUCGACCCAGUUCGCCCUUUCCUACGGGCUCUCUUUCGCCGCCGUCGCCGCCGUCGUCGUUCACGUCGUCCUGUACCACGGGAAACAAAUUGUGGCACAAUUCAAGCUCGGCCGCAAGCAAGAAGACGAUAUCCAUAUGAAACUCAUGAAGAGGUACCGUGACGCCGAGGAUUGGUGGUACCUCGCUCUUUUCGUCGUCAUGGUUGGCCUUUCCUUUGCCGUCUGCUGCGGUUGGCCGACUGGGUUGCCUGCCUGGGCUUACGUUCUCUGCAUGUUGGUCUCGAUCGUCUGGACAAUACCGAUUGGCGUCAUCCAGGCGGUCACGAACGCCCAGCUAGGGCUGAACGUAUUGACCGAGUUCAUCAUCGGAUACAUAUUACCCGGCCGCCCGUUGCCCAUGAUGAUGUUCAAGAAUUACGGCUACAUCAGCGUGGUACAAGCGCUCUAUUUCGCCCAGGAUCUCAAGCUAGGCCAUUAUAUGAAGGUUCCCCCUCGUGUCAUGUUUUGGUCACAACUGGUGGCCUCGAUAUGGUCUGCCGUCGUCCAGAUUUGUGUCAUGAAUUGGGCUCUGGGAACCAUCCCCGGAAUCUGCACCGAUGAGCAGGCAGAUAACUACACGUGCCCGAGCGGCAGGGCUUUUUACAAUACGUCGGUUAUAUGGGGUGUUAUUGGCCCCGCGCGGAUAUUUAGCGGCGACGCCAUCUACUCCUCGCUGCAGUGGUUCUGGGUCGUCGGUGCCAUCAGUCCCAUCAUCACCUGGCUUGUAGCUCGCCGCUGCCCCAAGUCUAUCUUCGGCUUCGUCCGCUCCAUCAAUAUGCCACUUAUCUUUGGCGGCGCCAACAUGAUCCCGCCGGCGUCGACGUACACAUAUCUCUGCUGGGGCAGCGUGGGAAUUGCUUUCAACUACUACAUUAAGCGGAGGUGGAACGGGUGGUGGCUGCAAUACAACUACAUCACCUCGGCAGCCCUCGACUGCGGGCUGGGAGUCGCCACGAUUAUCAUCUUCUUCACACUCUAUCUUACUUCCACCCAACUACCGAAAUGGUACGGCAACUACGACGUUUUCGAUACGCUCGAUCAGACCGGAAUGGCCAUCAAGAAGUUCGCUGCCGUUGGAGAAACGUUUGGCCCCGAGUCCUGGCCGUGAGCGCGACCCUUCUCGAGCAGCAGGCCUUCAUGUUAUAAAGGGGUAUGCAAUUGGAUGGGUGGGUGGGAAUGAUAUUACUAUGUUUAGUCCUCCGUCGGGAUGAAGGUCGC